AUGCCACAAAUCGGCUGGUAUGGACUCGGGUCCAUGGGCCUAGCAAUGGCAUCCAACCUGCAACGGCAUCUAGCCACGAAGAAGGCCUUGAGCCUGAUCUACUCGAACCGCACGAUGUCGCGCGGAUCACCCCUGCGAACGCUGGGAGCGAUCCCAGAGCCCAAUUUCGAGAAGCUGGUGUCUCAAUGUGGAAUCAUUUUCACCAUGGUCUCGAAUGACUCAGUGCUCCAAAGCCUGCUAUCCACCGCCAUGGGUUCAAACCAGUCCCUGAAGGACAAGAUCUUCGUCGACUGCUCAACAGUGCAUCCCGAUACUGUGAGAUCGGCUGUAUCGCAGCUGAAAAGCAAGGAUGCAUCGUACGUAGCGGCGCCGGUCUUCGGUGGGAACCCGAUUGCCGUGGAUGGCAAGCUUGUUUUUGCCAUUGGUGGUCCCAAGAGUGCGACUGAGGCCGUGAAACCUCUGAUCCAGGAUGUGAUGGGUCGACGCGUGAUUGAUUGUGGUGAGGAUGCUACAAAGUCCUCGCUUCUGAAAAUCGCGGGUAACAUUGUUACUGUUAAUAUGAUGGAGGCUGUUGGUGAGGCUCAGGUCUUUGCUGAGAAGACCGGGCUUGGAACUGGUCCUAUGGAGGAGCUCAUUGGUGAGGCGUUUGGUCCUGUUGCUGGAGGGUAUUCUAAGAGAUUGACUACGGGGGCCUAUGCGCCGCCUCUGGACUCCCGUCCUGGCUUUGGGGUUUCUCUUGCUAUUAAGGAUGCUAGACAUGCUAUGUCGAUGGCCCAGGAGCAGGGUGUUGAGCUUCCUGGCCUUGAGCUUGCUCGGGCUAACAUGGAGGCCGCAAGAGAAUAUGGCGGAGAGUGUCUGGACAGUAGUGCGAUGUACGGAACUCUGCGCCAGAAGGCUGGUUUGGAGUUUUGGAAUGAGAAGAGCAGGAGAGAGUAA